UAACUAUUUGCGAAAUUGCAAUUCAACAUGACGGUUGCGGUUAUUAAAACGUUGAUUAACAGCGCAAAUCGAUAAGCGAAACAGCACCACCUGAGAUUAAAUUUCAAAGCAAUCAACAUUAUACCAACAUUAAAAGUAAACUUAUAAAAAACGCGGCAACACUCCGUACAUAAAUUACUUUUAGUUGUUCUUGCAGAAAUAACCGAAAUGCAGCGCAACACAAGAAUGGCACGCGAAUUGAAGAGACUGGAAGAAGCCCCACCGCCCGGCAUUUCCGUUUCCGCCAAAGAGAACAAGCUGAAUCUGCUGGAAGCGCAGAUCUUGGGACCUCCGGAUUCUCCGUACGCGAAUUCCCUCUUCAACUUGGAAAUCCUCAUACCGGACAAUUACCCUUUCACACCACCAUCAAUCAAAUUCUUAACCAAGGUCUAUCACCCGAACAUCGAUGAUAACGGAAGGAUAUGCUUGGAUCUGAUCAAAAUGCCACCGAAAGGAGGCUGGAAACCGACGAUCGGCAUCGAAAAUCUCUUAAUAGCAACGAGAAUGUUAUUGGAAAACCCCAAUCCGAACGAUCCGCUGAUGGCAGAUAUUGCCGCGGAAUUCAUAAACGACCCCAAAGAAUUCGAGAAGAAAGCUAAGGAACACUGCAAACUCUAUUGUUAAAAAAAAACUUUAAAUAAUAAUA